AUGAAAUAUAUAAAGCUCCUUCAUAUUUUGUUAAACUAUCGAGGCCAGUAUUCUAUGCAAUCGAAGUUGUGCUAUUAAAUGACGUAUUUAUGACACCUUUUAUCACAAGUCGAUGUAGUCCUGCUGUGUUUGUACUCAUUCUCUGUUACAGGACGUCGGUGAGGAGGGAUACGUGGUUUGAUUGGUCAUAGAACAGUUGUAAUUGUGUUGUGGGAACAACUGAUUCUAUGGCUAAGACGUUCUUGGAUCUAUUAAAAUUCAAUUUGGUACGACUAUAGGUCCAUGCAUUGCAAUGAUUGAACCAACACCACCUUUAUAAUGGAAAUUCACAAAAGUGAGUGGACAACCAUGCUUACGGCUAUAUUGUGUUUACAAGGCGACGCAGUUUCCAUUUACAAGUGAUCUUGUGUGUAUUGAACCGUGACACAGUAUGCCUCAUUGACAGAAGCUGGUCGCCCAACUAGGGUGUAACAAAUAUCUUUGUAUAGUAGCUGCUGUUGUCAAAACAUACAUGACGUCAUUCUUGCAAAUGGCUACCGCCCGGCUAGAGUGAAAGAUAGUUUCCUGCCGUGCUCCAUCUGCAUCGAGACGUACACAUACCCGUGCAAACUGACCUGCCACACAACUUUCUGUACAUCCAACCAGACCAGAUGCUGUACAGUCCAAGUCGAAUAACCUGUCUAGAUUAUCCGCCGACUUGCAUUAAAAAAUGGCGACAUCCCAGAAUGAGAAAGUGAUGGAAUUCCUCACCUGUGUGAUCUGCCAGGAACUGUACACAGACCCGUGUACACUGAGGUGUGAUCACACAUUCUGCAGGAAAUGUGUCACCAAGUACAUCCUGACCAGACCAGAUGCUGUACUGUCAAAGACGAUCCCCUGUGCCUUCUGUCGACAAGAUACCAAGGUCCCUAACCCCAGCCGGCCAGUGGAGGAGUGGGCGGGGCAGAUCAAACCCAGCAUCAUUAUACAGGGGCUGAUUGACACCCUCGGGGCUGAGGGUGAUGUACCAGAGACGUCAAACACAUACUGCACGAUCUGUCAGCAAAUAGGGGAGACAACUCCAGGUGCCCUGUGGUGUCCUGAGUGUGAAGUGGCCCUCUGUGACAGAUGUGUGAAGACACACCGGGUGAGCCCUAUUUUACAGAACCAUGUCCUGUGUGACCUGUCAUCUAGGUCAAAGGGCAGACGGAGGGUCAAGUGUACAGAGCACAAGGGUAACAAUGUCGAGUUCCACUGUAAAGACUGUCAGAAGGCUGCUUGUCAGACAUGUUGUAUCAUCUACCACAGAGCUUGUAAAACUGUCGUCACCAUUGAGUCUAUGAAGCCAGAGAUGAAGACAGUACUGCUGGAGAAGAGAUUUGGCAUGGGGAAGAGACUGAAGGUGAGGUCGAAGAAGGUAGAGAUGAAAAACGAGAAACUGCAAAAUAGUUCAAGAAUCACAGAGACAACUGUAAACAAUAUUAAAUCAAUCUGUCAAACAGCUAUAAACAAGAUUAAACAGAAAGAAACACAACUCAUGGAUGAACUGAAUCACAUAACACAGACGUACGCCGGCCAACUCCGCACUGGUGUGAAGCUUGACGAGAUUGAGAUUCAGAUGCACAGACAACAUUGUGAGUUCAUUGACCAGGCCUUGGUGUCGGACUGUGAGAUGGACCUGUAUGACGCGUAUCAGGCCUGGGAGUCGGGGGCUGUAGGGUUGGGGGAUGUCAGGGACACAGACACAGCAGACACACGGAGAAUAGAUGACGUCAGGUUUACACCUGACACUGACAACGUCCAGCACAUCCUAGAUGACCUACAGCUGGGGAAGAUUGACGUCACAUACCAGGAUGAGGGCACAUGUCUGCCGUCUCCAGUGCUAGUUGGCGUGAUGAAUGGGAAGAUGGCGGGUGAUAAAGUGGAGCCUGAUCUACGUGGCGUCACAGUCCUGGUUGUAGAUGGUAUACAGACAGUUGUAGUCACUGACUGGGUUAACAAGUGUGUGAAAUCUUUGUACACAAGAAACAAUCAACUAUGUCAAAGUAGACUUCCCCUGGAUGACCAUCCCCAUGGUGUAACACAGUUGAAGGAGAACCAGGUGAUGGUUGCUGUCCCUUACUCCAGUCAUAUUAUAACAGUAGAAGUGACCCCUGGCCUGGUGCUGCUCUCUACCAUCACAACAAGCAAGGAAUAUUACAGUCUUGCUGUACUGAGUCCAUCAUCUCUAGCAGCAGGUGGUCAAGAUUGUGAUAGUUACGGCAUUGUUGAUAUCCUGGACAUGGCGGGACACGUGCUGAGGUCAGUCACUACACACAACAACGAGACACUGUUUGCCUGCCCCUUAUACAUGUUUAUCAACAACAAGGGCAACAUACUCGUGUCUGACUUUGGAAAGAAGUCUGUGACAUGUCUGACGUCAGAGGGGGGUGUUGUGUGGAGAUACGCCCCUAUCGGUGACAGAGCACUCCGCAGGUCUUCUGGUAUCAAAACCACCAAAACUGGCGACAUCCUGCUUGUAGACCGCAACAAGGUGAUACAGCUGACAGAGUCGGGGGAAUUUGUAAGAGAUGUUCUCACGUCAGAAUAUGAUGAUAACGACAUGUGGGAUAUAUUCUGUGAUAAAUACGGAUUCUUCUUUCUGUGUACAAACACAGAAGUGGAAGCGUAUAUGUUAGUGUGAAAGAAAAAACAAACAAGCUUUAUUGAAAAUCAGGGUUCUGUCCAGAUCUGUGUUUUAAAUGAUUGCACGUGACAUGAUAUACAUGGGGUAACUCUGGAAGUGGUUGUGGAGAAAGUAGAUCUAAUCAGUUUUUUAGAAUACUGUGUAUCAAAUAAAGUCACUAAAACCUAUGGGUAUUGCUUAUUCAUGCAAUGACAGACAUACGACAUUCAAGUGUGUCACUUCCAGCAGCGACAUAGUAAUCCACGUGAUCACACCGUGAAACCCAUCAAUAGUAAUAGUUGUAGAGAUACUUGGGGUCACCUGGGACACCUUAACUAGAAAUCUACCAAGCACCAGACUAAGUCGGCCUAUAGUUCUCAUCGUUGACACAGAAACCGUUGUCCUUCGCACUGGCCCUUUUGAAAAAUAUUUCUGGUAUUAUACUAUAAUAUUUCCUGAAACAAUAUUUACAGUUCAAACUUUUAAGAUCAAGGUUUCAUUUUGUGAACCUAUUUUUCACUUAUGCUAUAGAACAGACAAUCAUGUUGUAGUGUGAACCAAAGGUAGAAUAUCUAUUUUUUAGCUUUUAUUGUUUCCCACUGACAAACCGCUCCCGAUAUAGAUGAACAUUAAAAUGAAUGAUAUUAAUAUCAAUAUAGAUGUAUGUAUCACCAAGAGCAAUCUCUUGGACAAGAUCGCAAAUCUUGUAUAGCGACCUGAGAUACUAACAAUCCAGAUUGGAAGCAUAUUUAAAGUAGUGACGAAUAUACUUUUUGACUUUCAAACUUACAGUUGGUUGAAUGGGGAAUACAUAAAGUGUGAAUUUGUUCAAAUUGUGUUUCUAUCUCUUGCUCUGUUUAUGAAAAAUGACAAGUACUUUUAUAAGGACGCAUUGAUUUCUGCCAUUUCCGUAAGAUAUUCUUUUACACUAAUGAGGGAGAGACGGAAGAAAAUUCCUGAAGCUAUUGUACGUAAACUUAUGUCGUUAACUUUCCUGAAAUGCACAACCGCUUCCUGAUAUGUGUUACUUGCUCCGAGACUAACAGAAACAUAUGUUAUGUGGAACCAGGAAGUGCUUUUUCAUCAUUGUAAAAAGUUAAUAUCUAAAUUCUACAAAUUGGGAAAUAUAUAUUUCAACGGACCUGCAUCACAGCGAAAUACUGGGCACGGUUCGUGUAGAUUCAUGUCAUGAAGGGUAUGUAUCAUUUUCAAAUGAAGACACAUGGAACAGUCGGAUAAUUUCAGUCCAGCAGUGCCUUGGUGAAACAUCAUUAUAAUUUCACUUCAGUAUUCGUAAGUUCCUUUUGACCUGGCGUCUAGCCAAGGCAAUUUUAUUGGGUAUUUUUCAAUAUUAUUUGACAUGCCUUUCCUGAUGUAUCUCCGUUGCGUCGGUUCAACCAACGUAGGUCAAACAAGGGAGGAGUCGCUUCCUGAUAGCAAGUCGGACUCAAGAGGAAAUGAAGUAAAUGUUAAUUUCCGUAGCACAACUCGCUACAGCUGUUUUGUCCUGUACGCCAAAUGAAUCUGUUUCGGCGGAUAAUCUAGACUGGUUAUUCUCUUGCAUUGACAAUUUAUAUUUAAUAUUUAUUGUGAAACACAUAAUGCAAGUGUUAAUGUUGUUCCUCUAUUUUGUUGUCUUGUAUAUACUCACCGCCAAAAGAAACGCGAACAUAUAGAGAAGUAUGUACGUAUAGAAGAGAUAUUUCCAAUGUGUACCACUCAAUGACAAAACUAACAAUCAGUCGAGUGUUUCUACCGCGUGUCUUUAUUCUAAUCACUAUAUGCUGCAUGUGAUUACCGCUAACCCUAAACGAGACAAAUGGUACAUCUCGAGUCAUGGAUCUAUGACGUCACAUUUCAUGCGUUCAUGAGCGUCGGUUCACGCAACAUAACAGUAUGUUCGUUUUUGCGUCGAGCCAAUGUAAUAUCUCUUGAAUAUGAAUAAGUCUUCAUAUAUUAACAAAAAUGUAUAAUGGCAUUCGCGUUUCCUGUGGAGAUGUUAGUAGAGUUCACUUCUGGAUUUUAACUUAUUAUUUGUUCAGUAUUAACUGUAAACACAUUGUGUUGCAUUAAAAUAUUCAUGAAAGCCUAAUUGUUAAGAGCUUACCUUUUUUAAGGCACAAAAUUGGACUUUGUUCAAAUGUGCGUGAGUGUGUUUGUUGGCCAUGACAUAUUGACAUAUUCCAGUUAAAUUGUACUGACAGUCCAUUCUCAUUGGUAGUGAGAAUUGUUCAUUUUUUAUGUUAUUUUUGACUUGGGUUAGGUCGUGUUCUAACCUGACCAGCAAUGUGGUCCUAGACGUGUGUUCAAUUGCCGAUAUGUCAGCACAGACUUUACGUUAUUUACCAUUUCUCUCUAUCCUGUCGAUAAUCAUUGUAUGUUACUGGUGAUUCCUGAACACCUUGCGCAUUAACGAAUAAUGUGGCUUGUUUUUAUACCCAUAUGCUUAUUGUGAUCAUGUUGCACGAGCACUACAUGGUAAAAGUAAUUUUACACCGAAUUCAGUGAACGCAAGCAAGAUUUUCAGUUGCACCUGUGUAUGUUGCAUUUCUACGAUUGGUUUGACAUCAUUUGGAACAUUAUUUCUUGUUUGAAUCCAGCUGCUAAUAAAUUCUAUUUUGAUAA